UCCAGUCCUCUCAUUAUUCAGGCUAGGUCUACACUACCCGCCUGAAUCGGCGGGUAGAAAUCGACCUCUCAGGGAUCGAUUUAUUGCGUCCCGUUGUUACGCGACAAUCGAUCCCCGAAUCGGCGCUCUUACUCCACCAGCGGAGGUGGGAGUAAGCGCCGUCGACAGAAAGCCGCAGAAGUCGAUUUUGCCGCUGUCCUCACAGCGGGGUAAGUCGGCUGCGAUACGUCGAAUUCAGCUACGCUAUUCACGUAGCUGAAUUUGCGUAUCUUAAAUCGACUCCCCCCUGUAGUGUAGAUGUACCCUCAGAGUAGUAACCAAGUGCUUUGUCCAAAAGGUUGAAUUUUGGUUUGUAGAUUUUGAUGGCAAUAACAAAGGAGCUCAUUUGGCUUUCCUAAGGCAUAAGCUGACCCUGAGCCAUCAGCCAUCAGAGCAUUCUGAGGUAAUCUAUUUUUGAUCCACUAAAACCACAGGUAAAAAACCACCAUGCAAAGCCUUUUUCCUCUUAAAAACUGCUUCUGUCAGUUCAUGCCAACAUAUGUAUCACAGAGGAAACCACACGUCUGCCCCCUACAUCUUGUUUUCUGAUAGCACCUGCCACCUUCUGUGUGGCAUAUGAAAACAAAGAACAAGAAGCCUGGCUAAAAAGAUAAUAGCCAUUGUGGUAAAUGGGAAUGGCUUUGAGGAAGUUCAUGUCUGAGAAUCGACUUCUAACAUUUAGAAGACUGGCAUAUCCCAGCCUGUGACCCUGAUAAAUGGCUAAGUUCAGAAAAUGCAAAUUGUGGACAGUGGCUAGCAAGGCCAGAAUAGUGAAAUGCAGUGUAUUGCCAAGUACAAUGGAAGUCCUAAAAUGCCCCAAUGCAGUGUAGUUUGCAGACAGUAGUUCUCAUAGGGCAAACCUCUCUUUGUUAAGUUAAAAAUAAUUACUUCCAUGAAGAAGAUUCCACUGUCUCCAAAAGUUAUUUGGGUGACUGAAUGCACUGCUAGAUUGACACCGUACACACCAUUGUAAUAAUGUUUUGAAUAAAAUAUAUCUUGUGAGGUAUCUUUUGAAAACUAAUAACUCACUGGUCAAUAAUCUGAUGAAAUGUGUGUAGCAACAUUAUAUGUAAAGUUAUGAAUUCCCCCUGAGUAAUGUUGGUAGCACAUGUUCAAAUCUACGAAGCCCCAAUUAGGUAGGACUGGUCAAGCAGGUCUUAAACAAAGGAAUGUGUGUGUACCCCAAUUUACGUACAACUGGCAAACAAGGUCCUUGAAACAGCAAGAGGGAACAAGGCAAAACUGCAUUUUAGCAAACAGCAUGAAACCUCUUUCAUGAUGAGACACCCCACACACCGCAUGUCUCCAUGCUUUAUCUAAGGGGUAACCCUCAGGAAAAUGCAUCUUAAAGGGUGACAGAACUAUACAAGUGAGGGGGCAAAACCACCCCAUGUUAUAUCUCCCUGUCCAUUUCUCUCUCUUUUCCACCUAAGAAGACAAAAGACACAGACUAUGGACGUUGGGAGCAAAUCCUGCCCUGAAACUUGCUCAGCAAUGAGCUGGAUAGGAGACAGGACUGAGACUCAAGAGCUGGGUUUUCAUAAAUUUUUAAGGUUCGAAGGGACCAUUGUGAUCAUCUAGUCUGACCUCUUUUCCUGGCUCUGCAACUGAAUUGUGUGACCCCAGACCAGUCAUUGAACUGUGCCUCAUUUUCCCCAUCUGUAAAAUGGAGUGAUACUUACCAAGUCAGUGAAGUGCUUUGAGAGCUACAGAUGAAGAGCUUUAUAUUAUAAUGAGCAGUUUCAUUCAUGGCCUGGGUUGCUUCGAUGGGAUGGUUCACAUGAAUCCCACGGCAUUGUUACUGUUCCAAGACUGGGUGAGAAUAAGUCUGAAGUCUUCUGUUGAGUUACUUUGAACUGGAGAGAGAAUCUAGAGCUGUAUCCCAUUAGUGAAAAAUGUGGGAGCUAAGGCCAGACCUGAUGUAAGUGCAUGCAGAUUCUUUGACGUCAAUGGAGCUGUGCUGGCUUAACACAGGCUCAGUGCAGGUAGUUCAUAGGAAGGUCCAAUCGUCCAAGACCGGAGAAAAUGUUACUUUCAAAUGCCAGCUUGUCAUGGAUCAUGAAGUGCUGCAAGUCACCUGGCAGAAGGAGAGUGGAGAGGGCAAAGGCAACAUAGCAACCUACAGCAGGAUUAACGGCCACAGAGUCCUGGGUAACUAUAGCAGCCGUGUGAACUUCACCCAGAGCGAACUGACAGUCUCUGCCAUUACUGUUCAUGCAGUCACCCUGCAGGAUGAAGGCUGUUAUAAAUGUAUCUUCAACACGUUUCCCAUGGGAUCCAUUACAGGCAGGACAUGCCUCAAGGUUUACGCAAUAUCGGAGCCCAGACUGGAGGCCAAGCUUGUGUCCAGUCCGGACAGUGGUGAGGAGAAGGUGCUGGAAAUAAGCUGCUCAGUAACAGGGAAACCAGCUCCAAUGAUCAGCUGGAACCUGUCCCAUCGCCUUCAACAGGAGCCGGGACAGUAUCUCAUCAAUCACUCAGACCAGACUGUGACUGUUAUCAGCAAUUUCACACAUAUCCCCUCCAGGAUUCACUGGGAGAACCCAGCUGGCUGUGUGAUCCAACAUCCGCUCCUAAACCUGACGCUGACUCUGUCCAAGGAUGGGCAGGUCCAGGGCCAAUCAGCAACAGUCGAUACUGUAACAAUCUACGUAUUGGUUGCUUUGAUUCCCUUGGGGCUCUUGUUCAUCUGCUUCUGCAUCUUGAAGCGAAAACACCAAAUGGAUAGAAACAAAGCUGAUCUAUGUUGGGUUCUUCCCUUAUGCACCAAGGACAUGAGGCAUGGACAGUGCACAAAAAAUGAUAAACAAGGCCCUGACAAGCUUCCUCCCUUAAAAGCCCUCUUGGACAGAUGAACGCCUGGUGUUGGAAGAAUUUUACCGAACAGUGGUGAAAUGAAAACAGUGCUGGGUUUGGAUGUGUGAAACUGAUGUCUAGCUGUACUUGUAACAUCUCAGACUUCCACAUGAAUCACAUUACGUGCAACUUGCCAUGUUUUAUACCAAAAAAAAAAAAAAAACCCACAAAAUAUUUUUAUAUCUAUUUAUGUUUGAAUAAAUGAGCCAAUAACUGUAGUUGUAUAUAGAAUGCAGUAGGUAUUUAUAUGAGACUGUUAAAUUAUAGUUUUGUAGAUCUGCA